AUGUUGCCUGCGCCCGAACUGGCAAAUCUCCCGGAAAUCGAUCACGUUAUGAGAGCCGCGAGCCUAACUCAGGCGGGUCGAGACGCGCUCUCCAAAUGCGUCAUCCGGGACGAAUACAUUCAAAAGCUUGUCCCGUUAGUAACGGUUGCCGAAGAUCUAGAGAGUCUGCCCGACCUGCAUCGCCUGUGCAACAUCAUGAAAUCGCUGAUUCUCCUCAACGACAACACUAUCAUUGAAACUGUGGUUACGGACUCGAUCAUUUUGGGGGUUGUCGGAGCGCUAGAAUAUGACCCCGAGUUUCCUACGCAUAAAGCGAACCACAGGCAAUAUCUCUCGGACCAGUCGCGCUAUAAGGAGGUUGUUCCCAUCAAAGAUGCUGUCAUCCGUCGCAAGAUCCGCUCAACCUGGAGGUUGCAGUACCUGAAAGAUGUUGUUCUGGCGCGAAUUCUGGAUGAUCCAACCUUUUCCGUGCUCAACUCCUUGAUAUUCUUCAACCAGGUCGAGAUAGUCAACCACAUCCAGUCGAAUGGCCCUUUCUUGAAGGAACUAUUCUCUGUCUUCGAUCCGAGGAACGCCGACGCGAAGCGCAAGGAGGAUGCCGUCCAGUUUCUCCAUCAAUGCGCCUCCAUCGCCAAAAAUCUACAGGCUCCCGCUCGUGCCAACCUCUUUGCGAACUUCAUCAGCCAUGGGCUCUUUGCCGUGAUCGCAUUUGCUAUCAAGCAUCCCAAUCCUUCCUUGCGCACAACCGGAAUCGACAUAUUGGUGGCGCUCCUCGACCAUGACCCGAUCAUGAUGCGCAGUUACAUGCUCAAGGCUGUCAACGAGAAAAAGACACCGCUCACCGAUACGCUUAUCGAUCUCCUUCAUACCGAGUCUGAUCUUGGGGUCAAGAACCAAUUGGCAGAUGCGGUCAAGGUCUUGCUGGACCCUCAGAUCGGCAUACAGGAUACUAUGGGUCGGGCUGGACCCGAAGGUUAUACGAAACUACGCCCUAACAUUCUCUCCGACGCAUUUGUCCAACAUCACUUUGACGAAUCCUCGAAAAAGCUCUUCUCACCUCUGAAACGGCUCGAGCACCGUACCACCUUUAACGACAUGAAGUUCCAAGAAGUUGCGUUGUACUCACACCUUGUUGACAUCCUUACCUUUUUCGUCCGUCAGCAUUUGUAUAGGACGCGUAAUGUCAUCCACAGCGAAGUUCUUGCUCCUCGGGUUGCUCAACUGCUAAAAGUACCCCAGAAGCAUCUCAAACUAAUUGCAUUGAAAUUCUUCCGUACAUUGAUCAGCCUCCAGGACACCUUCUAUCAAGCGUUGAUGACCCACAAUAAUACCUUCGGACUGAUCCUGGAUAUCGUUUAUGAGACCAUGCCACGUGACAACCUUCUCAAUUCAGCCUGCCUUGAAUUAUUUGAAUUCAUCAAGCGAGAGAACAUCAAACCCAUCGUCUUGCAUGUGGUGGAAAAGUAUGGAGAGAAACUCCGGAACAUUACCUACGUUGAUACGUUUCAAAACUUGAUUCUGCGUUAUGAACAAAUGCAGGGUUACGGAGCGGAGACGACAGACACCACCUUGUUUUCACAAGACGACGGAAUGUCCGCCAGGAUGCAACCCAAUGGGCGAUGGCAAGGCGUCAAGGAGAUGGAUGCUGCAGAGGAGGAGUACUUCAACGCUUCUGAUGAUGAAGAUGAGUGGCAACAAGACAGUCAGCCUCAUGCGGCCGUGGGUGCUGCACCGCAGAAUGGCGCUGCUUCACCAGUCAUCAAGCCCCUUGUUGACUAUCCAGACGAUGAUGAGGAUGAUGCCAUGGAUACCAAAACAGAAGGCGCCGAUGAAGGGGUACAGGGCCAGCAGGCGCCUGUGUCUCCAACGACUGAUGCAUCGCCCGAAUCACCCGCAACUCCAGUCUCCUCAACGACACAGACACCUCCUGAGCGAUUGUCAGAAAAGCGUCGGCGCGAAGAAGAGGACGAUGAUGAGCUAGUUAAACUUACAUCUGUUCCAAAGAGGAGGAGCUCCACUAGUGGUGGGCCCGGAACUGCCGGGCUUCUACGGAGGAAAAAGAGCAUCACCAUAGGCACCGUGUCCUCUGCUGAUAAGGGCGCAACCCAGGGCACCUUGGGGGGCGUCACAAGCACUGCUGCGCCCAAACGGAUAGCGAUCAAUUUGGGGUCGUCUACUGCCAAAUCGUCGGACGCCGAAUCGACAGAUUCCACAUCAGCCCAGACGAGCAAUGAAAAGGAGAACAAGAACAACGACCUUGAAAGAGGGAGAGAAUGA